AUGGCCUCUAGCUCCCCGGUCCCGCGCUCCUUGCUGGCCUCGGCGGCCUUCCGCCCGGUGCGCAGCGUGCUGCGGGCCCGCUACCGGGACGUCCUGGGACUGACCGAGUUCGUGCAGCGCCUCGAGAACGAGGCUCAGUCCGCGCCGGGCCCCGAGAAUAGCCCGGACGAGCAGGUAGCCGUGCAGCUGCUGCGCAGCGGGGACCCCGAGGUCUUCCACGUUUUUGUGUCCCGGUGUGUGGUGUGUGUGCCCUGGGAUGCCCGGCCCCUCCCCCGGCCUCUCACCUUCCAGCAGCUGUCUUCCCAGAAGGAGGUAGUUGCUAGAAUUGUCCAGAGGAUUUGUGAAAAGAAAAAAAAGAAUAUUCUGGCCUUUGGAUACACUCUGUUAGAGGAAAACAGAAUGUCAUUACCAGUUAUGUUUACAAGAAACGUCUAUAACUAUCACCCGAACACAAUAACAGAAACAAUUAGCGUCAGUGCUUUGUGGGAGAUGCUUCUAAGCAGGAUAGGAGAUGAUGUGAUGAUGUAUAUGUUAGAGCACUGUUCCCUUUUCAUGAUGGUACCCCCAAGCUGCUGUUACCAGAUCUCUGGGCUACCUAUCUAUGAACUCUGUUUAAAAGAUUCUGUCUCUCCAUCUGGGUUCAUGCGGAGAAAAUACCCAAGGCAGAAAACAAAUGCCUCACUUGACAAUGUCAGAAAGAAGAUUUCCUUCCACAGAAAAUCCUCAGUCAAACUGGAUCUGAGGAAAGAGAUGCUUAGAUCCAAAGACAAGACCUUAAAAGUUGUAGGUCAGAACCAGAAUAGUGCAGAGGAUCUGGUGGAAGAAUCCCUUCAAGACAGAUCUGAAGUUUCCUGUGGGACUGAGCAGGGAUCUAAUGUUGACCAAAUAGAAGAACAAGCCAAAACCCAUUCGGUACAUUCCAUGAUGGCUCUGUUAUCAAAAAGGCAAAGGGAGGAUGAGGAAGAAAGUGAGAUUUCAGCAAAGCGGCCAAAGAAAGAGGAGUGUCUUCACGAAAACGGAAAAGAGCUGGUCUUGGAACAGGGUUUUGAACUUCAUGAGAAUGAGUCUAAUUCAGACAGUUCUGAGAACAUAACUCAAAGAUCAGUGGAAAUCUACUCUUCAGAGCAUUUCUCCAGUGAGAAAUGUGCCAUUGGAGAAGAUGGUGGUGGGGAGGAAUUCAUUGAGCCCAAGGGUGGCCUCUCCCUUUUGGAACAUAACGAUGGGGAUUUAGCAUGCCAUGAUUCUUCGAUGAUCAAAUCUACUCCUGAAGGUGAAACAGAAGCCAGAUCUUCAGAAGAAGGUUUGGAAGGAGGGACAGAACAAACUGAUGAUUUCUCACAUCCACUGUGCCCUGGGAAUGAACCACCAAAGAGACUGAGAAGUGCCUCCGGCUCCAUUGUAUACAUUAACAGGAAACGUUUCUUAUAUUCUGCCCGCAACUUCAGAGAAUGUUUGCCUACAUCAUUUCUGCUCAACCAUUUACAUGAUUCACUAUCUGGGGGUCAAAGGCUGGUUGAAACCAUUUUCUUAACCAGUCAUCUCUUUGAGCAGAAAGGUGACCCACAGCCGCAAAGGACCCCCUGGAAAAAGAGACGUCUCCCCAAACGUUAUUGGCAGAUGCGGCACCUGUUUAAGGAAUUGAUAAAGAAUCACCGAAAGUGUCCUUAUUUCAUGCUUCUAAAAAAGAACUGUCCCCUGAGGUUUUCAGCAGCCAAAGCAGAUCCUUCCAACCCACUGAAAAAGCCACAGUCCAUUGCUUCCAGCUCUUUAACCGAAGCUGAGGAAAUGCAGAGUCAAAUCCAAGACCAAGACCAACUGAUGUCUGAAGCACCCUUGAGCUGUGGAAGUAACAACACGGAGAAGCCUAGUUGCUCAUUUAUAGACCAGAUGCCUGAUAAAGAAUCAGCCCUUUCCAGUAGGAUUUCUAAAAAAACACAGCCAGGGUCACGUGCAGUUGGGAAGAGUGUGUUCCCAGGCAAGGGUGGUGGUGAUGUCCUACAGCUUCUCAGCUGGCACAGCAGUCCUUGGCGGGUGUAUAUGUUUCUGAGGGAGUGUCUUCACCGUGUGGUGCCUGCUGAACUCUGGGGAUCAACUCACAACAAGUGCCGCUUCUUUAAGAAUGUAAGGAAGUUCCUUACCCUGGGAAAACAUGACAAGUUUUCUCUUCGGGAGCUGAUGUGGAAGAUGCGAGUGAAGGACUGCACUUGGCUUGCCCUGGUCAAAGGGAAUCACUUUGUUCCAGCCUCAGAACACCAUUUGCGUGAAGAGAUCUUGGCCAAAUUUGUAUACUGGUUGAUGGACACCUACGUGGUUGAAUUGCUUAGGUCCUUUUUUUAUGUCACCGAGACCAUGUUCCAGAAAAAUAGGCUCUUCUUCUACCGGAAGUGUGUUUGGAGCAAGCUGCAAAAUAUUGGCAUCAGAAAACACUUUAAUAAAGUGCAUCUUAGAGCAUUGUCAGAAGAGGAGAUUAAGCAAAUUUCAGAUGCGAGAUUUAUCUGCCUGGCAUCUAGACUCCGGUUCGUCCCCAAACCCAAUGGGCUUCGGCCAAUUGUGAAUGUAGAUAGCAUCAUUGGAGCCAAAGUUUCUAAUAAGGGAACCAAAGCUAAGAAGAUAAGGUGCUUUAAUGGCCAGCUUAAAAACCUGUUCAGUGUUCUGAAUUACGAGCGGACCUUACACCCUGAUGUCUUGGGGUCUUCGUUGUUUGGGAUUGAUGGCAUUUAUAAAGAAUGGCGGCAGUUUGUGCUCAGAGUGCGGCAGUCCAAAGACAAAGUGUCCAACUUUUACUUUGUGAAGGCCGACGUGACGGGUGCUUAUGAUACCAUCCCCCAUGAUAAGCUUGUCGAAGUGAUCUCCAGCAUCAUUAAGCCUGAAGAGAAGAAAGUCUACUGUAUCAGACGUUAUGCUGUAGUCCAGAAGGAAUCCCACGGAAACAUCCAGAAAUCCUUUAAAAGACACAUGUUGGUGGAUUAUUAUUUUGCAUAG